AUGAAGCACCCACGGCAUGACCACCCAGUGAGGCUGGAAGGAGACGAACCAAACCCAUUUGAGUGCAGUGGAUGCAAAGAACCAGGGUGCGGCCCUAGGUACCGAUGUGAAAGGGGUUGUCCCUUUGUCCUACACAAGGACUGUUCCAAGGCUUGCCCUGAGUCCCCAUCCAUAGGCCAUCCAUUGGUGGAUAACAGCAGAUUCAAGUUUCUCUGGGAACCUCCCCGCAGACCGAAACGCCUGUUUUGCGUCGCUUGCGGGGGGGCCGUUAAAGGGUUUGUGUAUCAUGAUCGCAAACACGAUCUUGUCUUGCACCCUUGUUGCAUGAACCUGAAGAGCACCAUGUCUGAUCCCUCUGAAAAGCUGACUCUGAAUCUUGAUAACAAGAUGCCCUCCAAGUGUGUGAAAUGUAAGGAGAAGGUUUUAAAAGUACAGAGCAAAAGGCCGUUCACAGGGUGGUCUUACGUGUCUUCUUGUGAAAAAUAUUGUUACCAUGUCUAUUGUGUGAAGAAAUUGAUUCCGGAUGGAUGGAAAAGUGGCUCUUUCAAUGGUGGUUCCUCUUCUUCUUCGUCUCUGAGGGGAAGAAACUUGUCCACCCAUGGGACUGCAAGCUCAAGCUCGAUCACAUCAGCCAAACGUUCUUCGGCCUUGGCAAGAAGACGCUCGUCGAGAUCAUCUGUCACUCGUGGGCUGAUCAAAGUGGUGAAGAUAGGUUUGAGCGUUAUAAUGUCACUUCUACUUGGAAAUCCAACUCCACUGUUUACUGCCGUCGCUGAAAACUGGCUGGGCUGA